UUCUCCACCCAACAGCAUCACGUGUUCGGGCAGAGCCACACUGCCGGCAGUGUUUUGACUGAACAGCAGGAGGAGAAACAGGAAGUACAGAAAAACACAGAUCAGACCAGUUCAUAAGCACACCGUACACAAAAGAACAGUCUCUCACUUGAAGCUGCAGACUAUGGAAGGAAGUACUACAACACAAGAUGAAAUUCAUCAUGAAGAGAAAGACAGAUCGGAAAGCAGUGAAGAAGGGCAGACAGAUCUUAAGGAAAGAGAGUUGAGACUGGUGCUGCUCGGCUCAGCGGGUGCUGGGAAAAGCAGUGCGGUCAAUGCCAUCCUGGGCGGCUUGACAUCCGAGUCCGACUCUUCAGGCCCCGAGACCUCAGCCACCGACUGUCAGAAGAGACGUGUGGCGCUGGCAGGACGACAGGUGGCUGUGGUGGACACACCUGACUGCCUGUGCAUCGAGCGUCCUGCUGAGGACGUCCGCCGCCAGUUUUCACUCUGUGCGGCUUUAUCGGCCCCGGGGCCCCACGCUUUCUUGCUCUGUGUUCCUGUCCACCGGCCCAGCAACCUAGAGCUCCAGAUUUUGGAGACCAUCGAGAAGGUAUUUGGCCCUGAAUCUGUCAGUAAACAUGCAAUGGUGCUCUUCACUCGCAUGGACCGACUGCCUGAGGAUGUUUCUCUGGACGAGUAUCUCAAUACAGAACGGCCCGACUUAUUAGAGCUCGUGCAAAAGUGCGGGGAUCGGCAUCACCCGCUGCGGCCGGGAUCCGACGUGGAGGAGCUGUUCAUAAAAGUGGAGGAGAUGGUGAAAGAAACAGGGACACAAUUCUACACCUGCGCUCUGUUGCAGGAGGCAGAGAGGAGAGUGAAAGAGAAGGAGGAGGAGAUCUUGAGAAGCAGAAGAGAAGAAGGAGAGGAUGAUUUGAAGGGAAUAAGGGCCGAAGCAGAGAAAAGUGUGGAUGAUUUGGUGGUUGAGGGGAUUGCAGAGCUCUGCGUCUCCACGCCUGACACCUCGUUCUUACGCUGGUUGUGGGACAGUGUGGUCGGGUGGCUCCUGUGGCUCCCGAAUAUGGUGAGGGGCAGUGCUUUACUGGGGUCGAUCGUGGGGUUGUUCGUCGGGGGGCCCUUAGGAGGGGCCAUGGGAGCAACGGUGGGCUCUGUGGCGACGGAGGUGGGUAGACGGAAACAAAAAACCAAAUGAGCACUUGAAAAUUUGGUAACUGUUUAUUGUAAUUUUCAUUAGGUCAAUAAGAAACAUCAAAAAGCAGAUCAGUUGUUCAUGAACAUUCAAUUACGAAUAUAUAGUCAGCUACAAAAGUCACUACAAACGUUAAUGCAGUGCUAUUCCACUUAAUACAUGCUUUAUCCCCCUCAUUACUAACUGUAUUAUCAACUUUAUAAUUAGAUUUGAACUGAACAAUUAACAUUAAUUUCAGAGUCUUAGAUUUUGGGGUAUCCAACUUUUUAUUUAAUGACAAAAGCACUUUACACAACUUUGUGUAAAACUGAUGAUCAGGUCCAUGUUUGCUUAUUUAAUUUCUGAUCCAGAAAUAGUGCAAAAUACUAAAAUAUUUCUUAUUAAUUUUACCUUAUGACUUUUUAUUUUAUUUUAAAUGAAUACAUUCCGUUUAUACCUUUUUAAAUUAGAUGUAGAAUUUAGAUUUUCAGUUUAUUUGUAUGAUUUUUAAUCAUACAAACGAAGUUGAAUAUAUAUAUAUAUAUAGAUAGAUAGAUAGAUAGAUAGAUAGAUAUAAUUCCAACUAUUUGAAUGUAUAUUAACCAAUGAUCUGUUAAGCAUUAUAUAUGCAGUAAUAUUUGAUGAUGUUAUUCAUGAAAAAUAUUAUAAAGUGUUACCAAACAUUCAAGUGCUUAAAGAAUCUUUAUAAGCUUAACACCAAAAGCAAGUAUUACAGAGUCAAUUUCUAAUGGUGAGCAGAAGACAAGGAUUAAGAAGAGAUUCAUUUCUUAGACUUUUUGUGCACACCGUUAGUUUUGCACUUAAGCUUUUUUGCCUUAAACACUAGAUGUUAUAUGAUUAUGUGUUUUGAGUUUAAAAAAGCAACUAUUCAUAAGCACUGUAGAGCAAUGGAGUGAAGAUCACGGCCUUAACACUGUCACCAAAUAGCUUUAUUUCACACAUGCAGAAGUAAAAAUCACAGUAUCAGUACUAAGCCUAAAGCGCUUUCUUUGAAGUGAGCAUUGAACUCUAAGCGCACUAUAAACUCUGGAUUUGUUUACAGGCCAUAAACAUCUCCGGAUCUUGGUGCUUAACAAUGAUUUUAUUACAUCACUGUAGCACUAAACAGCUGCAAUGGAACAAAUGCAUGCUACACAUUUUUAGACUGAUUACAUGAAGAUAAAUUUAAUAACGCUCCUCAUGUAAGUGAUUUUCAUGUGCAAUUUUGCCAGUUAAUUGGUUUGCUCAAAUGUUUCUGCAGCUGUUCUGGAGUAUGCAAAUAAAGCAGCAUAAUGAAAACAA